AUGGCUGAGAAUUCAUGGGAACCAGAAGGCAAUCUGAAGAAUGCAGCAGAAAUCCUGAAAAGGUAUAAAGAGGUCAAAGGAAUCACUCUGACAACUCAGCAGCCAACUCCCAAGUUGACUACUACAACAUGGCCCCUUACUCAUUCCACUAUCGCAAUGGCAGUCCCGAGGCUACUCUCGGAGAAACCACACCUCCCGCAUCCUCGACUUCCUUCUCUCCCGUUCAAGAGGAAACUCUGGUUGACCGCGACAGCCCUGAGCCUGGGCUCACCACCAACGAUGUACAAAGAGAAUGCUGAACUCAUACAAAUUCCUCUGGGAUUCGAGUUUGGAAUCUGUGUCCACAUCACUGCCAGAAACAUUAACCCCCUCGAUGAUGGAAGUGACCCCAAUGACUCCCCCACACACCUUGCCUACCUCAGGGACAUUGUCAACAACCCCCAACGUUGUAGAGGGUGGGUCAACAAGAUUGACAACAUUGCCCACGACCAAACAGCACUUCAGGCCUUACUCGAUGCGACUGAUGACAUGACUUCUGGCGCUUUAUUUGCAGGAAUUGUGGAGAAAGGACAGGAAGUUCAAGCAGGGUUUGACAAGGUGGCGAGGGAUGGACAAGCUAUCAGAGAGGCAGUUGAGGCAAUUCAACGGAAUGCAGUCAAUUUCUCUCGGUUUCUAAACCACGGUGACGGCUCCUCGAGCACAAACGUCAAGCUGUCAGCGCCGACGCCUUUGUGCCUGACAGAAGGCUCUGCAGAGAUGGCCACUGAAUGCGCCAAAGAACUCACCGUGACUUCAAUGUACUCCUUGUGCUCGAUCUGCUCGAGAUCGACGCUACUUGCCACCUCGCUCGCCCCGUCCAUCAUCAUCAACAACACCAUCGACAGCUCUCUGGCCGCAGCACCAACCGCUUGCCUCUCCUUCUCGAACAGCAUGCUCCGCGUGCUCGAGGACUCGUUGCCGACGAGCGAUGCCAUCCUCGCCAUCAGCAUGCACGCCGGGUCUUCCUCAUUGUUGUCUGAAUCUUUGUCGGUGCCAAGCAGAGGCGUGCUGCACGCCAAGAGCAGUGGCGGCGGCGUGGACGCACGGUCAUCGGCGACGCGCGUGCCGGACAAGCGGAGCAACGGUGACAGGUUCAGGACUGAAGAGUCGUACGUCCCGUCCGUCUCUGCACCCCACAAGGUUGCGACCGAGGAGCUCUGUGAGCUCACCUGGCUCUGGUUGGUGCAGUUCCUCGCGUUGCAGCUCAUCGUGUUGCGAUUCUUCUUGUGGUGA